UAGUCAGAUGAUCUCAUAUCAAUUAUCAUAGGUUACCUGACACGUUUAUCCAAUAAAACGUUAACUCAAUUCAAACAAAGUAAACAAAUAUCUGUAUAAUCAGAGGAAUAUGAAUGUGAAUCAUAUUAUUUCCGUUACCUUAUCAAAUUCUCAGUUUGGUCAAUCCUUAAUGUGACUGACGAGACGUGGAAAAUAAGGAGUUAGCCAAUUGUUACUACUGCCAUUAAAUAGGUUUUCGGUCCAAUUUGGCCAGAGAGGGUUGGUUAAUAUGGCGACAGUUGGAAAUUCAGAGGUUGAGUUUAAAGAAGUAGAAGUCCUCGAAAUUAUGCUCGGCGAUGAGAAAUUAUUCGAGGAAAAACGGGAAUUCUCUCUUGCUAUUGGAAUCAAAAAGGCUGAUGUCAUACUGAAGUUGCAUCGGUUGACAAAUAACCAAAUCACGAUGAAAAACUACUACACAGAAGACUUGGAAAAGUUACGGAGUGGAAGUGAAUCGCCUUCAGAGAUGUAUGCAAAAUUGAUUAAGAUUUUGGAAAAUCUGAAAUUGUUAUGUUCCGCCAAGAAAGUGGAAAAACUCUCUGGAAGAUCAGAAGUGGAGAAAGAAAAAUCGCAAAUUUUUCAUGGCGUUCCUCCUCAAGAUGCUGGUCUGGUGGGUCGUGACGCUGAGCAUGCAGAACUCGAUAACUUUCGCACUAAAAAGCCUUACAAGGUGGUCUACAUUUCUGGCCUCCCUGGGCAAGGGAAGACUCAAUUUAUCAUUCAAUAUGUCACCUCUAUCCGUGAUGACUUCAACAUUUGCUGGCUUUCUGCCCACAACGUGACAACCUUGACUCAUUCCUUGACCAAAUUCGCGUCUGACGAGCUUCCCCUUAAGACUGAUACUUUGGACAAGUUGGACAAGAUGACUUUCCCAGAACUGAUGUCAACCGUGCUGAGUGGGAUGAAUAAGUUAGGUCAACAAUGGAUCACAGUACUCGACAAUGUGGACACAAAGUUCGAUGAAUUUGUGGAACUAGUUAAAAAUCGUGCAAACGCUACUGAUUCCUUCACCCUUGUGACCUCGAGGAUAAACAAUCUUCUAAACAUGACUCCUAAUAUUGGUCAUAUGAUACUGGGCGGGCUGAAGUUGGAGGAUGCGAAGACACUCAUAACCAACCAGAUUGAUGGUGCCACGGCAGAGGAGGCGAAUAAGCUAUGGGAAAUAGUUGGUGGACAUCCUUUCUCUUUACAACAAUGCAGCUCGUCCAUUCGUCAAGAAAAGAUCAAUUACCAAUGUUCAGUUUCCGAUUUUUUGAACGAGUUAGAACACGACAUAAGUCUGGGAAUGUCUUGCAAAGCGUUCGAGUACGAGAUGGAAAUUCAAGAACCGACAGCAAUAAUUCUGGGCAAGACAUUAGCAAAACUGGACCCUGCUGCGCUCGAGUGUCUCUACGUUUUGAGUUACAUGCACUCAAAAAAUGUCCCGUUAGACUUGGCAAGUUAUAUUUUUCAUGUUGUAUUUAAUACGGAGAAAGCACACCAUGAAAUCAGCCUCAGGAAACUUAAAGAGUAUAACUUGGUAAGCGUGGAGGAUAAUACGACUCGGACACAUGGACUGGUCCAAUGGGCAGCAAAACGUGCAUUAAAUAGUAGUGAUAAUGUUGCCAAAAAAUCUGAAAUUGAGCAAAAAUUACUAAACUCGAUCGGGAGUAAGGAAAUUGGCAAGGUACUCAAUACGCAGAAUGCUUUUCAUUUGGUCACCAUUUACGACCAGAUACAAUUAAGUACCGGAAGUGUGGUGAAAGUCGUGUGUCCCGAUGUGAACAUUGUCCAGUCUAUCUUUGAAAAAUUGCGGGACGUUUCCGCACUUAGGGAAGCAUUCGAUUUCAUAAAUAAAGCACUGCUCAAAUUUCGUACCGCUUUAGGUGCUGAUAAUAAACACACGUUGCAAGUGGAGGGUCUGUUGUACCAGGCAAUGAUAAAGCUAGGCAGGUACGAUGACGCCGUGGCAGGACUGAAAUCACUCUACUCCAAACUUAUUGCCUCCCAAGGAUUAAAUCAUGAGUUGACUUUAUACGUUGGAAAUGACUUGGCGAGAGCGUUGCAUUUUUCAGGACAUGUAGACCAAGCCAUGGUUGAGGGCGAAAAGGUGUUUCUCGCACGCAAAGAAUUGCUAGGUGAAAGACACGUGGACACGCUGAUUUCAUGGCAUAACUUGGCAAUUUGUAUGUCAGAUUGGAAACGUGGGAAGAAACAGUUUGAGGAGGCGGGUGCCAUACAUGAGGAAAUUUUUAAGAUUAGAUUAAUGGACUUGGGUGAAAAUCAUCAAUCAACACUCAAUUCACGACAUCAAGUAGCUUACUGCAAAUUGCAGCACGCCUUGCAACGUGUUAGAAAGAGUGAAGAGGAGGAAGAACUUUGGGUAGGAGAGAUCACAGAGGUGAAAAAAGAAUUGGAGAAAAUUUCCGAAAUCAGAGGUUCCGUGUUGGGUGAGGAUAAUACGGAAACGCUUCGCACUCAAUAUUGGUUGUGUGUGGCAAUGAUAAAUUUAAAUGAUAGCGAGGAGAGAGACAAGGCUGUUGUGAUUCUGAAUAAAGUCCUUGAAAAGAGGAUUGAAGUCUUGAGGGAGGAGCACGUAGAGGCGAUUGAUACGAAAAAAUUGGUUGAUAAAAUUGAAGGAGAAAAACGUGAUGGAAUAGAUUUUGGUUUUGAAAUAUACUCGUAAGGAUUUAUGUAUUCUUGCGGAACCAAUAAUGAUAUUGUGGGACACUGAAAUUGUAAGAUUGGAGGGGGAGGGAUUUAAUGGGAUUGUAAGGAUAGGAAAUUUUUGUUGGGACAUUGAUUGCACCCCAUGUAAAGUGAAAGCAGUCCGUGUUCGAGAGAAACAAAUUUCUAAGUGUGGGCAACAAAGUGAGGAUGAGAAAGUUAUAUUUCUAUCCAUUUAGAAAAAUUUGUAAACGUUUAUUGUUUUAGAAAUUGCUUGUUUAUAGACUGUAAUCUAAAGUCUGGAGUUUUACUAAAUAUUUACAAUUCUGAAAAAUGCGCUUGCAGUAUUUAAUUUGUAUUAUAUUAUUUUGGAUUCGCAAAUGUACAUAUUUAUCUAUUAAUAUGUGAAUAAAAUCUGUCUUAAUUAA